GCAUCUUUUAGACGUUAGCAAGGUGUUUGAUGAGAUGCCUGAGUGAGUCUUGGCUUCACGGGCUUCCAAAAAAUGGGUCUUCAAGGAGCUACAUCCAUGCAAUACCUGUUAUGGUUCUUUGGCAUAGCCACCUGCGUAAAGCUCCUCCUCAUCCCCUCUUACCACAGCACGGACUUCGAGGUCCACCGCAACUGGCUUGCUCUCACUCAUUCCCUCCCUCUCUCCCAGUGGUACUCUGACGAGACCAGCCCCUGGACUCUUGACUACCCUCCGUUCUUCGCUUACUUUGAGCGCAUCCUCUCCAUUUUCGCCAACCUUAUCGACCCCCAAAUCGUUCACCCACAAAAGGGCCUCAACUAUAGUUCCAACACAGUGGUUUCGUUCCAGAGAAUCACUGUAAUCUUGUCUGAUUUGUGUAUGUUGUAUGGGGUUUAUAGAUUGACUAAGGAUUUGGAUUCGAAGAGGAGAACUUUGAUCUGGGUAUUGGUCAUUUGGUCCCCAAUGCUUGUGAUUGUGGACCAUGUCCAUUUCCAGUACAAUGGAUUUCUGUUGGGGUUCUUGUUCAUAUCGCUUUCAUAUUUGGAGGAAGGUAGGGACUUGAUGGGUGGGUUUUUCUUCGCGGUUUUGUUGUGCUUCAAGCACUUGUUCGCAGUGGCAGCGCCGGUUUAUUUUGUCUACUUGUUGCGGCAUUAUUGUUGUGGUGGAUUGGUGAGGGGCCUCCGGAGGCUUUCGGCUAUGGGGGCGGUGGUCACAGCAGUUUUUGCGGCGGCCUAUGCACCAUUUGUCUAUCAGGGGCAGAUACAACAAGUCCUUCGCCGCAUGUUUCCUUUUGGCAGAGGGCUUUGCCAUGCAUACUGGGCCCCAAAUUUUUGGGUGUUUUAUAUUAUUUUAGAUAAGUUACUCACUUUUUUUCUUAGAAAGUUUGGGUUCGCCAUUCCAACACCGGAAGCUUCAUUCACCGGGGGGCUAGUUGGGGACUCCUCGCCAUUUUCUAUACUACCUCAGAUAACCCCUUUGACGACCUUUAUGAUUGUCUUGCUUGCCCUAUCUCCUUGUCUUAUUAAGGCUUGGAGAGAGCCCCAGCCAGGGAUGGUUACUAGAUGGGUAGCCUAUGCAUACACUUGUGGUUUCUUGUUUGGAUGGCAUGUUCAUGAGAAGGCAUCGCUUCACUUUGUGAUUCCCCUUGCCACUAUUGCGGUGCAAAAUAUGGACAGUGCAAGGCAUUACUACUUGCUAUCCAUUGUAUCCAGCUACUCAUUGUUUCCUCUUCUCUUUGAAGUCCGAGAAUAUCCAAUUAAAGUACUCCUUCUGCUGUUAUACUCCAUCAUAAUGUGGCUAGUAUUUUCUGCACAAUUCACUGAUGGUCAAGAAGCUAAAGCAACCUCACCCAUAAAUAAAGAAGCUGGUCGAUUGGAAUUAAAAGGAAAUGGCAACGUGGCUGCCAAGAAAGGAGGGUUUGUUAUCAGGGGUAUUGAGAAGAGUUAUCUGGUUGGUCUUUUGGUAGUUGAGAUAUGGGGCCAGCUUUUGCAUUCCAUAUUUUUUGGUGAAAGGCUUCCUUUUGUUCCCCUUAUGCUGAUCUCUAUAUAUUGUGGAUUAGGGAUCGUGUACUCUUGGAUUUGGCAGUUAAGAUGGAUCAUUAGAUCCCCAGAGUCGUAAUUUCUUCUUGUUUUAUGUUUGGAUACAUGUAAGAUGACAUGCCAAAGUUGGAUUUUUUUAGUGCAACAUUUGAUAUUCUACCUUAUAUAAAUUAAGAUUGAACAAACAUAUAAAUAUAGAAGAUCAUUUCCUAGAUCA